AUGCCUCCAGCGGGAAGAGUACUGUCGGUUGGGUUGAUCGUGAUCGUAGCUUUUCACGGCGGUCACGGUUUGGAGGUGGCAAACAGCACUGACAUUCUUGGCACGGUAGAAGGAAGACUGCAGACGUACGAGUCGUACUGGUACAACGAUGUCAACUACUGGUGGCCCUGGUUCAGCGAUCUGGCGACGGUGAUCGCGAUCAAGUUGAAGAUCGCGAUCGGUAUGGCAGCGAUCUACGCGUUUGGCGAUGGCUAUUACUGGACCAAGAGCAAAAGCAAGACGUCGGAGUAUUCUACGCUGCCGGAGUACCCAACGGAGGUCGGCGGUGGCUUCUGGGACAAGUUCCGGUGGAGCGAGCCUUCGUCGUUUUUGUGUGGCUGGGGACAUAGUCGUCGGCGGAGAAGACGAGCCCUGAGCGAACGACGGUUUGAGGAAGAUGAUUUUGCAGAGUAUUUGUUUGAUUCGUUGAAGCAGUACGACGAAGAUUGUCGCCGGAGGGUUGUUUGUGAGAUGGAUUUUGAGUUUCGUGGAAAUCCAAAGGUGCACAAGGCGAUUGUGAUGUACAAUGAUCAAGUGUUGGGAUGGAAUGAAGAAAACAAACCACCGGAGAGAAAGGAGCAUUGCAAGAAGUUGUACGGCAGAUGUCGACUGGCCAAAAAUAGUGAUAGAAAUGGAAAACCUUCACAAUCUGUCAGUCGUGAAAAUGAAUUGAAGAGAAAGAGUGACGAUUUUUGGAAGGAAAUAUGGCCUAGAUAA